CUCUCCCGCCAAGUCAAGUUUCACAAUAAAAAUUAAACAGCUGACUGAUCUCAGAUAAACACGAAACGUUUUGACGAUCAGUCAUCUAUUUGCCUUCUUCACAAUGAGAUCGCUUUUGCUUGCGAUGCUGCUGGUACUUGGAUCGAGUAUGGCACAACUUGUUAACAGAGACUAUGGUUCACAAGGAGAAAAUGGACUGAUACAUGGUGGUAGACCAGGAGGUCCUUUUCAAAGUAACGAUCAAGAAUAUUUCGGCCAAAUUGGAAGUGGAUUGUUCGGAGAAAGUAAGACAGGAGGCCCAUUUCAAAUUGGGAAUCAUCAAGGAGGUCUAGUUUCUGGAGGGAACAGAGGAGGUCCCUUUGGUGGUAAAUAUAAUGGCCCAGCUGAAGGUGGACUGAUCAGUGGCAGUAAAACUGGAGGACCAUUCGCCAGUAACCAUCAUCAAGAAGGUUUAGUUUCUGGACAAAAUAGUGGAGGACCAUUUGCUGGUAACCAUCAUCAAGGAGGUUUAAUUUCUGGACAAAAUAGUGGAGGACCAUUCGCCAGUAACAAUCGUCAAGAAGGUUUAAUUUCUGGACAAAAUAGUGGAGGGCCCUUUGGAAAGAAUCAAUGGGCAAACGAUGGCCACAGUGGUCUCAUUAGUGACAGCCGAACUGGCGGUCCAUUUGCCAAAGAAGGACUUAUUUCUGGAGGAAGCAGUGGAGGUCCCUUUGAAAAAAAUCAAGGAAGAUAUGGACUGAUCAGUGGCAGUAAACCUGGAGGUCCAUUGGCCAGUAUCAAUCAACACGAAGGACUAAUUUAUGGAGGAAAUGGCCAAGGUCCCUAUGGAAGUGGCCUAGUCAGUGGAAGUGAUUCAGGAGGGCCAUUUGAAACUGGCAAUCAUCAAGGAGGAUUAAUAACUGGAGGACCUUUUAAAACCAGUUCGGAGAAAUCGGAACUCAUAACAGGAAGUCAAACAGGAGGACCUUUAGGGAACUAAAUGUAAUAAAAGUCCGUCUAUUUAAAGGUUUUCAGUAGUAAUGAAUUAAGUUGAAAAUUAAACCUUACCAAGUAAAUGCAAAUAAUUUAUUUUAUGUUUGAAUAAAAGUGGAAGAGGCUUAUAAAUUAAAUUUAAAUAAUACUUGAAUGUCACGAGCAUCAGCAGCUUAA